ACGGACUGGGGCAAGAAAAUAUAAGAAAUCACAGACGUUAAUGUUUCAAUUUUGCUUGCAUCCAUGCGCUUAGUGUUGAACAGCCACCAUUAGAUGAAAUCAUUAAAAUAUUGGAAGACAAAAUAGGCUAUUCUUAAAAAGAAAAACAAUGCCGCCAAAUAAUCACCCGGAUUUUUGAUAGGGCUAUAACGUUAUUCUCUUAUCAGACAGGUUUAGGCCUACAUUUUGUAGCUAGUAGGUUGUAAACCUAUUACUGUAUUUUCCUUAUGUCAGAGCAUAUGUCUAUUUGCUUUAUUUAGUGUAUAUUUAUUAAAAGUCUUACUUUAAAUAUAUGGGAAAUGUGUUUAUUGGGCUAUGUAAAUUGGCGUAAGAAAUAUGAACGUAGUCAAACGCUUUUGGAAAUACAUUUCGAAAGCACUGGGAUAGUGUUCCAAAUUGUUUUUAGAUAUCUGAUUUCCAUCUGUUGUUACAGAGAGAGAGAGAGUGCGAGAGAGAGAACGAGAUAAUUUGGAGACGUUGGUGCGGUGUGCACCGUUCACUUGGUUUUUGGGAGUGAAUCAAACAGCCAUGGUGAUAAAAGUCUUUAUAGCAUCAUCCUCUGGAUCGACAGCGAUUAAGAAGCAGCAGCAAGACAUCAUGGGUUUCCUUACUGUCAACAAGAUUGACUUUGAGGAGUGUGACAUCGUCACUAGUGAAGACAACAGGAAGUGGAUGAGGGAGAACGUACCUGAAGACUUCAGACCAACGACGGGUGUCCCCCUGCCUCCACAGAUAUUUAAUGAAGAACAAUACUGUGGGAACUAUGAGGCCUUCUUUGAUGCCCGUGAGGAGCACGCAGUGUAUGCCUUUUUGGGCCUAACAGCCCCUCUAGGCUCCAAGGAAGCAGAGGCCUUGGCCAGACAGGAGCAACAGUAGCCGUAUGGUUUUGGUUAGCGGACCACAGUGCCCUCUCCUGGCGUCUUCCAGUCAGCUCUACAGCAGCCUGCCAGUACACGUCUUCAGACCAAUCAUAGAGCUUUAUUUUGUUGUAAAAUGUAACCAGACUGGUAUCGAAUUGACCAACAGAGCAUGGCCAAAUGUUGUGUUGUAUGACAAUGUAUUUAAAGUGAUAACCUUGUACUGUUUCAAUAGUUCAAGCCAAUGCUGGGCAGUAUCCAGUGUUCAAUAUGAUUUUGAAAUCAAGGCAGAAUGAGUUCCCAAAUACUAGGCAUUUAGUAGAUCAUAUAGACAUACUUUACACAUAUGAGAAUAUUUAAUUCAACAAGAUAUUUUUCAUAUUUGAUAAUAAAAUAGUGUUACUUUA